AUGCCCCUCGCUUUCCUCCAAGUCUUCCCAAGAGAGAUCCGCGACCAGAUCUACACACACGCCCUGAGCACACAAUCUGGCGCGGUUACUCUGUCUCCAUGGACUGUCGAGGUCGCCAAGUCCCUCGCGCUUCUGAGGACAUGUAAGCAGGUCCACCGUGAAUGCAAAGAUCUCAUCUGGCACCACAACCGGCUCAGUCUUCGAUCUGAUCAUACCCAGCUAUCGCAGAAGUUCAGAAGCCUACUGAAACACGGUCCUGCAAAGCGCAUACGAUUGCUCAGGCUGACCCUGGAGCUGCUGGACCGAGAUGAGCUCGAGUGGGUUGCAAGCUCAGCGAAAGCGCUCGGGGAUUGGGCUCGAUACGGCAGGCUAGAAUCCAUCACGAUCGUGGCAGAGUGGGAUAAGCCGAAGGACCUGCAGGAAUUCAAGGAGAUACAGAAUAUGCGCAAAUACGGAGAAGUGCUGGACGGCCGCUUGUACAAGGAUUCGAGCACCUGGACCCGAAUGAUUGUGAACACUGGAUGGCCGAGGUUUUGCAACUGGGGAAAGCAGAAAUGGUUCAGAGAAAUGUUGAUGGACCCAGGUGGUAUCAACGAGCUCUUGCUGGAACUCCACGAAGCAUUUGGCGGUGGCCGGCUAUACGUCGACGGACUUCUCUGUUUCAAAGACCAUUUGCAGGUCGCUGAAGGCUAUCAUGUUGAUCCUAGGAACGGGGAGAUCAGGAUUGUUCCCGGGGCGUGUAGGCAGGUACACGUCCCCAAUUCGAGCACCGGCUUCGUCAGCCUUUCUGAAAUCUCAUCAAGGCCAUUUGAGCACCCAAUCUACCGCUUCCACGAAAGCAGCCCGUACUCUCCCGGGCCACUAAACAUCAUCUCCCACACCAUCCCCCUCGUUAAUAAACAGCUCCGCAAGGAAUGCGCCCCCCUCCUCUGGGAACGAAACACCCUGCUCACCUCCCCGCGCGACCUCAUUAAACUCAUGGACGCUCCCUCCCUCGCGAUCUUCGACCUGCUCGAUGUCCGGCAUCUGAAGCUGCGGAUCAACCUGCUGAGCGCGGAGAACUGGUGUGAGGAGGCGUUCAGGCGCCUAGCGCCCUGGGUCGUGACGGGGAGUCUGAAAAGUGUGUGCCUGACGCUCGUGAACCCUGAGGACCCAGAUCUCACCGACUAG